AUGUCGCUGAUCGCGGACAUUCAAGUGGUGCCCAGCCCCACUGGCACCGAGGCGGACUGCUUCAAGCACGUCAAUGCCGCCAUCGCCGUGAUCACAGCCUCGGGACUCAAGCACUCGGUUGGCGCCCUCGGCACCACAGUCGAGGGACGCGCGGACGCUGUUUGGAGGGUGGCGCGCGAGGCGUUUGACGCGUGCCUGAAGAGCGGCGCUGAGAAGGAGCUCAUGUACCUCAAGCUCUACCGCGGCGACCACACCCAGCCCGCCUCGGUCCCGAAGCGGCGCGAGGCGCCGCCAGACGAGAGGCCUCCGCGCGGGCGGCCGCCCAAGGGCAAGGCUUGCGUCCCCUCCCUCGGACGGGCGGGCUGGGUGGCCGCGGACUAG